UCAGACAUCAUGGGAACGGUGCUGUCGCUCUCUCCGAGCUACCGUAAAGCCGCUCUCUUCGAGGACGGCCCGGCCACAGUGGGCCACUACACUGCUGUUCAGAACAGCAAGAAUGCCAAGGAGGCUGCAGCGGCGGCUAAGUCCCUCAAGCGCCCCUCCAUUAUUAGCGCUUUGCCAUGGAAACGAAUCGUUGCUGUAUCAGCAAAAAGGAAGGGUUCCAAGAAGCUGCAAUCAGAAGUUGGGGACGGUGGGAAAGGGAGCUCCCCGGACGGCCACGCAGCCGCCACCACCAACUCAGCCUCCAACAGCCUCAAGCUAAAAAAGUCUCAGUCCUGCGCUAACCUCACAUCAUACUCCUCCGGUCAGGACCCCUUGGCUGCCACCACCACUACCUCCUCCCACCUGCCCACCUCCAAGACCGUUGCAAACGUAGCUGCUGUAGUCGCCAAAAAGAAUUCCCUCACAGGGCCUGGAAUCCCGCCUUCCACCGCCGCUGGAACGCCCAAACGCAUCAUUGUUCAGGCUUCCACCAGCGAACUGAUGCGUAGCCUCGGAGAGUUCCUCUGCCGCCGUUGUUACAGACUGAAGCGCUUGUCCCCCACAGACCCGGUGCUGUGGCUGCGCAGCGUAGACCGCUCCCUGCUCCUGCAGGGCUGGCAGGAUCAGGGCUUCAUCACUCCAGCCAACGUGGUCUUCCUCUACAUGCUGUGCCGCGACGUGGUCUCGUCCGAGGUGGCCUCGGAGCGGGAGCUCCAGGCCUCGCUCCUCACCUGCCUCUACCUUUCCUACUCCUACAUGGGCAAUGAGAUCUCCUAUCCGCUGAAGCCCUUCCUGGUUGAAGCAGAGAAGGAAGCCUUCUGGGAUCGCUGCCUGGAGAUCAUCAACCGGAUGAGUGGCAAGAUGCUUCAGAUCAACACCGACCCACACUUCUUCACCCAGGUGUUUGCCGACCUGAAGAAUGAGAGCAAGAAAGAGGAAGAGAAGACCAAGCUUCUCAUAGGCCUUGACCGAUAGGAGGGCUCUGGGAGGGGAGUAAGGAAAGGUAGAAGGAUAGCGAGGUUGCAGUCAGGGAAGGCAAAUGGGAAACAGAGUUGUCUUCACUUAGAGAGAUACAGUUGUCUGGCGUCUCUGUUAGUCCACGAUUGACCAAAUUUCUUGUUCGUAGGUCAAAACAUUUCAAUCCAUAAAUAGAAAUGAAAUCACCAAAGUCAGCAAAUGAGUCACUUUUACACAAAACAGAUUUACCACGUCAAAGUCAAUACAGUGUGACUGUACCUUCACACCAGUCACACCGUGUCCCAGAUUAUUAUGCAAAUGAUGUUUUCUCCGAUUUUCUUAAAUGGUCAGAGCAAAUGAUGGUGAGUGUCAUUUUCAAGUCAUGAAGUAUUUCAGCAUAAAUCAAAUUUUACUGAACAGAGCUUCCCCAUGAGGACAGUAUAUGUUUUUCAAAAAUAAACAACUCAAAAUGCACUAUUCAAAAUUAUUAUGCACAGCAGAUUUUCUAAAUAUUUUAUGGAUUAUAUAGAACUGCAAACGGUCAUUCUUUGACUGUGCAGCAUUAAGUGAUGCUGCCUGAAUUCAGGCUCCAGAGGCUCCAGCAGCUUCUAAUAACCGUUUGCUGCUUUGUAAGAGCAUUUUAACAGCUGGACUCUUAAUCCCAUGAAUUUCUCUAACAGAAACCUUCCUCAUUGUGCUUUAUCUGUACAAACCGUCUUUCUUCUGAAUCAGCCACAAAUCUCUUCACAGUACGAUAACGCUGCAGUUUUCGUUAAAUAUCUAAUGUUUUCAUAUCUUGUCAUACGGCUCUAUACUGUCUGAUGAUUUUCAUCAGCAG